CGUCAGCAGCAGAAGCAGCAGCAGCGGCGGAGGAAGAAAGGUCGGCGGUUUCUGCUGCCCAAGUCGGGAUGGGCUUGAUAUUUGCCAAGCUGUGGAGCCUUUUCUGUAACCAGGAACACAAAGUGAUAAUUGUGGGGCUUGACAAUGCUGGAAAGACCACCAUUCUAUACCAGUUCCUAAUGAAUGAGGUGGUUCACACUUCUCCCACUAUAGGAAGCAAUGUUGAAGAAAUAGUAGUAAAAAACACCCAUUUCCUCAUGUGGGAUAUUGGAGGACAAGAGUCUUUAAGAUCGUCCUGGAAUACCUAUUAUUCAAAUACAGAGUUUAUUAUCCUUGUAGUGGACAGCAUUGACCGAGAGAGACUAUCUAUCAUAAAAGAAGAACUAUACAGAAUGUUGGCACAUGAGGAUUUGCGUAAAGCUGCAGUUCUCAUCUUUGCAAAUAAGCAAGAUAUGAAAGGUUGUAUGUCGGCAGCUGAAAUUUCCAAGUACCUCACCCUUAGUUCCAUAAAGGAUCACCCAUGGCACAUUCAAUCCUGUUGUGCACUAACGGGAGAAGGAUUGUGCCAAGGCCUGGAAUGGAUGACUUCCCGAAUAGGAGUAAGAUAACUUAUUUUCUGGCGUCAAAGUGACACUUACCUAUGGACAAACUCCUUUGCGGUACACCUGGCUGCUGAGGCAGCAACAAACUUAACUUAAAACUUCUGAAACCUCCACAAGCAACACUUGAAUCAAGUGCAGCCGAACUUAAACUCAAAAGUAUUUUUUAACAUUUUUUAAAUGCACUAAUCUUGGAUGGAUGAACAAGUGGGACUAUAUGAAAGCUCUCCUAUAUAAGCUAAAUGACUGCCUUGUAACAA